AUGGUAGGAAUGAAUAAAAUGCUUUUUGAUGAAGAAAAGGAGGAGGAAGAUCUUGUUGCUAAUUUAGUACCCUCCUACAUUCUUUUAGUGAGAAGCGACCACUUACUAGAAGGUUCCCUGUCCCAGCCCAUGCUGACCCAGCCGCUCCCCACCCCUGCAUCUCCGGGAACAACGGCCAGACUCACCUGCACCCUGAGCAGGGACAUCGGUGUUGGCGGCUCUAACAUCUACUGGAUCCAGCAGCAGCCAGGGAGCCCUCCCCGGGAUCUGCUGUACUACUCCUCAGACUCCGAUAAGCACCAGGGCUCCGGGGUCCCCGGCCGCUUCUCGGGCUCCAAAGACGCCUCGGCCAAUGAGGGGCUUCUGCGCAUCUUGGGGCUCCAGGCUGAGGCCGAGGCGGACUCUCACUGGGCUACAGCUCACUGCAGUGGGAGCAGCUGCCGCUCCUCACAGCGUCUCAGAGAAGGAGGAAGUGGGUCUAAAAGUUCUGGACCCACGGCUCUUGUUUCUGAGUUUCUUUUAUUGAGAAGCUUCUGUGGAGGCUUCUGUAGGGGAGUGUCCUCUGUGAGGAGACCUGUCCUUGAGGAGGAAGGACAGACACACAGACUAUGCUGUGGCCUGAGCCAGCACAGGUGUCCCAGUAGAACACCUGGGUGA